UCAGAUCCAAGACCGCGCCUACUUGUUUCAGACUGAGCACGUCGAGAGAAAGAUAACGGGACAAGCCGACAGCCAAGAAGCCUCCGAAUAGAAGUGGACAUCUAUACCUGUUACUCACAGCUGACAUUAAUUGCUCUGUAAAUCUUCUUUUGUGAGCCCAUCAUGCCGGUGGUGUUGCGUUCCUCGCCUCUCCUGUGGGCCCGUGUGGCUGCCAUGGUUUUCGCCUGCAUAGCGUUCAGCGUAGCUCUUUAUGGAGCGAGUCUAACCCACGGCACGGGUGACUGGUGCGUGUUCUGCUGGAGUUUUAGUUUUGUUGGAACUCUUCUGAUAAUCUUAGUGGAAAUGUUUGGCCUGCAGACUCGCGCCCCGGUCUCAUGGAAGAACUUUCCGAUCACGUUCGGCUGCUAUGCCUCCCUACUCUGCCUCUCCGCCUCGAUCAUAUUCCCCCUGUACUUCCUAAAGGGCUACGCUGGUCGCAGCGAGAUGAUCAACUGCCGCAUUGUGUCUACCGUAUUUUCUUGCCUCGCCACCAUCGCGUACUUAAGCGAGGUGAGUCUGAGUAAGGCUCGUCCAGGAGAAGUAGCCGGCUACAUGGCCACGGCACCAGGGCUGCUAAAGGUGUGCGAGACCUUCGUCGCCUGCAUCAUAUUCGUCUUCAUCAGCGAGCCCAUAUCGUAUAACCAGAAUGCAGCGACCAAGUGGUGCCUGGCCGUGUACUGCAUAUGCUUCAUCUUGUCGGCAGCCGUUAUCGUGAUGUGCGUAGGAGAGUGCACAGGUUGCCUGCCCUUCUCCUUCGCCCGCUUCCUGUCCACAUACGCCCUCCUGGCUGUGGGCUUGUAUUUGUCUGCCACCAUCAUCUGGCCCAUUUAUAAGUUUGACAAUGAGCACGGAGGCCAGAGCCACAGACCCAACAGCUGUGGCUCCAGCAUCGGCCUGUGCCCGUGGGACAAGCUGCUGGCCAUCUCGGUCCUCAGCGCUCUCAACUUCAUUCUUUAUCUGGCUGAUCUCAUCUACUCAGCCAGGCUGGUGUUUGUUACUGUUUAAGGGGUUUAGCGGGAAUUAAAAAGACAGAGUAACACAAGAGGAAGGCAAAACAAUAGAAGGCAGAAAGAGGGAAGUGGGUUGGAGAGUAGCGAUGUUGAAAUGAUAGGUCAUAAACUAUAUUCACUGUUAGCCAUAUUUUUGUCAUGCCUGUUUAGCAAUCACGUGUACAAAAAGUUAGACUUUGAAAAGGUUACACAAAAGUGUAAAAUGUAACAAAUGGACAAAAUUAAUUAUAUAUGUUAAAAAAAAUAAAGAUUGCAAUAAAAAAGAAUAUUUA